AUGAAACAACCUCUACAAGAUGGUUUUACUCUUCAAGAAUUAGUGCGCGAAGCUUUAUCGCGCAUUAAUUCAAAAUAUCUUACUCAUAAUUUAGGACGUUCAAAAGAUGGUAUGAGACUACUGGAAAGAGUUUGGCAAAUGGAAUUUUAUAGAGCAAUCUAUAACUGUUUACCUAAUGAAAUGCAUAUUUCUCCGGAUGUUGGAAGAAUAUUUGCUACCGAUGGUGUGGUUGAUUUUUAUAUUUCAGAACCUCAAUGGGCCAUUGAGCUUUUGAUUGAUGGUAAAGAUAUGAAGCGUCAUCAUGAACGAUUUCAAGAUGGAGGCAAAUAUUCUUCAAUACCAAUAAAAUCAUAUAUAAUUCUCGAUAUUCGUGAAACUAAAACAACUGUGAAGGCAUAUCCGAAUACUUGGCAUAUAACACCCAAUGCCGAUUUUACUACAUUUAACAUACAAGAUGGCCCAAAUUCUUUUAACAUAACGACUCGCGAUGGAUAUCCUUAUAGUUCAAAUUUUCGAAUCUCAGCACAAGAUGAAGCUAUGAAAUUUGAAAUGAGUAAUUUAAAAAGAAGACGUAACAAUAAUGGUGAUAUAAAAGAGGAAAGGCAAAAACGGCAAAAGAUACAUGAUGUAGUAGAAGACCUGGAAAAGCUAGUGAAUUCUUUAACCAAACGUGAAAAACACUUGAGAGAAAGAGGUGCAUUUAAAGAAGCAGAUAAAGUUCGGCAAAAAUUAAAUAGAGCAUCAAAUGAUUUAGCAAAAAUAUUAUACAAUGCGAAUUUACAUUGGAACCAUGACAGAGAUUCUUCCUCUUCUGAAUCAAGAAGAAAAUGUAUUAUUCUAUAG